AUGUCUCCUAAAAAGGAGAGCAGGGACAUCUAUUCGUUUGAUGCUAAGAGCAUUGUAAAUAAUUUCUGUGGGUUAGCCAAUGACCAGAGCACAGAUGUAUCAGAAGAGGACAACAAAGAUAAGCUAGCUUAUUGUGUCACUGAUGUACCACCAUGGCACCUCUGUAUCAUUCUGGGAAUUCAGCACUUUCUGACUGCGUUUGGUGGAAUUGUUGCCAUCCCGCUGAUCCUGUCUCAGGGUCUGUGUCUGCAGCAUGACGGACUCACUCAGAGCCACCUGAUCAGCACCAUCUUCUUUGUUUCAGGAAUAUGCACCUUAUUGCAGGUCACCUUGGGAGUCAGGUUGCCUAUUAUUCAAGGUGGGACAUUUGGUCUUCUUGCACCCACAAUGUCCUUGUUGUCCAUGCCACAAUGGGUCUGUCCUGCCUGGACAGAGAAUGCCACCCUGGUCAACAUAUCCUCCCCUGAGUUCAUCCAGGUCUGGCAAAGUCGCAUACAGGUGAUCCAGGGUUCCAUCAUGGUGGGCUCCCUGUUCCAGAUGCUGGUUGGAUUCUCUGGUCUUAUUGGUCUGUUCAUGCAGUUCAUUGGUCCUCUGACAGUUGCACCCACCAUCUCUCUUAUUGGCCUCUCUUUAUUUGACUCUGCUGGCAUGAAUGCAGGAAACCACUGGGGAAUCUCAGCCAUGACAACUUGUUUAAUUGUGCUGUUUUCCCAGUAUCUCCGCCACAUUGCCAUCCCUCUCCCUGCAUACAGCAAAGCCAAAAAGUUUCACAUCUCCAAGAUAAACAUCUUUCAGGUUCUUCCUAUCCUCCUGGGAAUCACUGUUUCAUGGUUCAUCUGUUACAUUCUGACUAUAUAUAAUGUCCUCCCAUCUGAUCCAAAGCAGUAUGGGUAUCUUGCUCGCACAGACAUUAAAGGAGACAUAAUAGGGAAUACGCCUUGGUUCAGGAUUCCAUAUCCAGGCCAGUGGGGCUUACCAACUGUGAGUCUCGCAGGGGUGUUAGGAAUCCUGGCAGGAAUCAUAUCCUCCAUGAUUGAGUCAGUAGGUGACUACCAUGCUUGUGCCAAAUUAAGUGGUGCUCCACCUCCACCCAGACAUGCAAUCAACAGGGGGAUUGCGAUUGAAGGCCUAGGCUGCUUGUUGGCUGGGGUCUGGGGGACGGGCAAUGGCACCACUUCUUAUAGUGAGAAUGUAGGUGCACUGGGCAUCACAAAGGUUGGCAGCCGCAUGGUGAUUGUUGCCAGUGGUGUCAUCAUGGCCAUAAUGGGAUUGUUUGGGAAAAUUGGAGCCAUUUUUAGUACAAUCCCGACACCUGUCGUUGGAGGGAUGUUUUUAGUCAUGUUUGGAAUCAUAUCUGCAGUUGGUGUCUCAAAUUUACAGCAUGCAGAUAUGAACUCUUCUCGUAACAUCUUUAUCUUUGGUUUCUCAAUGUUUAUGGGGCUUGUUCUUCCAAACUGGAUCAUAAAAAAUCCUGAUAUUUUAAACACAGGCAUUGUGGAGUUGGAUCAAGUACUACAGGUUCUUCUAACAACCAGCAUGUUUGUUGGAGGACUUUUUGGAUUUAUUCUUGAUAACACUAUCCCUGGAACAAAACAUGAGCGGGGCUUGACUAAGUGGAGCAAGGCCAAUGGUGUUGAGUCUGAGAACACUGUGGAAAAUGAGGAGGUCUAUGGCCUUCCUUGUGGCAUUAGUUCUCGUCUAGCAUCCUACUCCUGGGUUAGAUAUAUACCUUUUUGCCCCUCACAUAAAGCCAGACCACAGAAUGGCACAUCCAGCAGCUCUGUUUCACUUGGAAAGAAGGAGCCUUGCAGAGAUGACCCACACAUUACCGUAGCAACGAAGCUAUAAUCAUUCAUAAGGACUCUUCAUAAGGAAUCAUUUAUAAGGAUGGCAAUUUUGGGGCCAUCAUUUUUAAUAGAUAUGUUGUGACCCUGACCCUGUUGUGUGGAAGCUAACAUGUGAAAGCAGAGGUUACUGUAAUUAAUGCUAAAUGCUCUGAACUCAUUAAUGAGCUGACAUAGCUGUUUACAACUUGGAUAUAUUUC